AUGUUUUCUUUAUUCGAAAAAGAAGAAUAUUCUGAUAUUUCUAUUAUUUCUUCCGAUAAAGUCACAUUUAAUGCUCACAAAAUUGUUUUAGCAUCUGGAAGUGAUUUCUUCUCUGCAAUGUUUGAAAUCCCUCUCAAAGAAUCCAAAUCAAAUGAAGUCACAAUCCAACAAGUUAAUGGUGACAACUUAAAACAUAUUCUAGCCUUUUUAUACACCGGCAUUAUUGAGCUUCAAGCCAAAACGGUGCCAGAGAUUUUAAGUGCAGCGCACUUUUUUCAAAUCCAGUCUUUAAUUUUCGAAUGCCAACAAUUUAUGGAAGAAGAAUUAGAUUCUAGUAAUUGUUUGGCAGUUGCUCUAUUUGCUGAGCAACUUGAUUUAAAAGAUCUUUAUGGGAAAGCAAUUAAAUUUGCUUGUAAAAACUUUGAUUUAGUUUCGAAUACAGAGGAUUUUCUAUUCCUUAAUCAAGAUCAAAUGACUUUGAUCUAUUCGAAUGAAGACCUCUAUGUGACGUCAGAGGAAAAAGUAUUUUUAAGUUUAAUCAUAUGGAUUGAUUAUGAUAAAUCGAAACGUGAGCAAUUUGCUCACAAACUGCUCUCACACGUCCAAUACUGGUUGUUAAGUCCAGAAUUUAUAAAGCAAAAUCGUAAUAAAUUACCAAAUGAUGCCAAAACUGUGGAAAUCAUUUUCACUUGGCUCGAAUGGCAUUUGUCGCCAAAUAGCUCUGAAGUAAAAUAUCGAAAACGUAAAUGUUCAAGUGAUAAACUUGUUAUAAUACAAAAAGACAAAAUGAGUACUUAUCAUCCAGGUGUGAAUAUCUGGAAAUGCAAAAGUCUUCCUGGAUUUCCAGCAACUUUUGAGAAAGUUGUUGAAGUCAGAGAUAAGCUUAUUGUCAAAACUGAAAAUGUCUUAAAGUCAUUUGACUUGAAGACAAAUGAAAUGAACAAUUUACCACAAUUUGAUAUACAAUUAAGUAAUUUUGGAUUAGCUGUGCUAAAAAAUGAAUUGUAUGUUGUUGGUGGUCGUGAUGGUAAUGGUUGGACAAAAUUAGUACAAAAAUUUAAUUUUUCUUCAAACGAAUGGGAAGCUAUAUCUUCAAUGUCAAAACCAUUAAGCAAUCCUGUAAUUGCAGUUGAUGGCAGAUAUUUACAUGUAAAAGGUGAUGAAGAAUUUAUGGGAAGCUUUGAUCCGAAUUCGAAUGAUUGGACUUGGACACAUUUUCCAUAUCCUGCAUUUUCGUGUUUCGGAUUUGCUGGUGUAAAUGAUAAAUUAUUUAUAAUUGGACAACAAAGCGGAAUGAAAAGUAGUUGUGUUUAUGAAUAUUCGAAUGGUAAAUGGAGUCGACAACAAAUGCGACUUGCAUUAAAUAGUCCUAAAUGCAUAUCUUGGAAUAAUCGGCUAAUUGCUUGUGGAAAGAAUGAAGAAUAUGAUAAACUUAAUUUACUUAUGGAAUACGAACCCGAAUCGAAUAGAUGGAAAUGUUUGGAUCCAUUGUAUGAAUAUACUGUUAUGUAUGAUAUUGUAAAUGUUGGAUCAGGAUAA